UCGACGGCAACACUCGAUGACCUCACUUCAAAUAAGGGACGAGAAAUGUCUCUGAAACUUUACUUCUCUCUACACUCAUCACCCAAAAAUGCAAAAAUCUCCAACAUUUUUAUCGCUCAGCAAUCCUCCGGUGAUCGGAAACCUUCCCCGGCCGAGGAGUUUUCUCCGCUGGCUGAGAAAUUCAACAGGCGGCUUCUUCUGGGCGUAGGAUCGUCAUCUGUGCUUGCGAUCGGUGCUAAUUUCGGAGGAAUCACGAGUUUAAUACUCGGUUUUUCGCCGGAAUUCGGCCGGAAUUUGAAACUCGACGUCGUAUAUCCGAUCAGAGGUUAUAGGAGAUGUAUCGACACGGUUGAAGGAUUCGAGUUUAUAUAUCCGGCUUCGUGGGUUGGAGACCAGACGCUUUUGUAUAGAGCGGCUCGGAAAACAGAGCGGGAGAUUUCGCUAGACCUUCCUCCGGCUAGAAACAGUCGCCGGAAAAACGUCAAUGAACCGGUUGUUGCAUUUGGACCGCCCGGUUCGACCGGCGAGCUCAAUGUCAGUGUUAUCGUCUCUCCUGUCUCACCUAGUUUCUCAAUCGAAGCGUUUGGAGGGCCUAAAGAAGUAGGUGAAGCAAUAGUAAGAACAGUGACAGGAUCUGGUCAAAGAACAGAUUUAAAGGGAACUUUGCUGGAAUCAAAUCUCAGGCAAGAUUCAGAGAGAAAGUUGAAGUACUAUGAGUUGGAGUUUAAAGUCGAAUCACCUCUUUUCCGGCGGCAUAACGUGGCCGUUUGUUGCGCUAACGGUGGCCGGCUUUAUACUCUGAACGCUCAGGCUCCAGAGUCAGCUUGGUCGGAGUUGCGAUCGGAGUUUUUCACUAUUGCUAAAUCAUUCAAUAUCAUUUCUUGAAAUGUGAAGGAAAACAAACUUUAGUUUCGCAAAAGAAACAAGACACUACAAAAGCAAGGCUUAUUUUCUUUUCUUCAUAAUCGGUAUUGGGAUAGAGUUACUUUGGUCAAUAACAAAGAGAAUAAUUCUGUUCAUAUUCACCUUUUCUUUUUGUAAUUAAAUUCAUAUUAAGAUGUUUCAC